AUGGCCUCGUCAUUCCUCUUCCGCCGCGUCGCCCAACAAACUGCACGAACUGGCCGAGUCCAGUGGGCCCCUCGAUUCUACUCGACUGGAAAGCCAAACCCGUACGGAUCCUCUUCCUCCUCGUCGUCGUUUGCUGCUACUUUGGCGAUUGUAGGCGCGGCGGGAACCGGCGUCGUCGCCUACAAUCUGCUCAGCAAUGACUCUCUCAAGACUGUUUAUGCUGACUCUGCUGCUUCUUUCUCUUCUUCGUGGCCAUGGGGUGCAACCAACGACAACAACAACCUCGAUGACGGAACCGCCAAAUUCACGUACCAUGUGUCGAAAACGGUCACCAAAUCUGUUACGACUACCGACUUGGAUGGGACGUCGACUACUACGACUGCGUCGGCUACUGCGUCGAAAUCCAUGGAACGUGACGUGCCUGCUACGUUUGCGAUGAAUUGGUGGGGUUGGUGGCCUUUUGGCGGUGGUGGUGACGCGACGGCGAAAACGGACGGCGCUACCGAAACUGCUCCUGCUCCUGCUCCGCGUGACUUGAGCAGAGCGAAUGUCUACUUCAACAUUGCCAUCAACAACGAGCCCAAGGGUCGCAUCGUCUUCAAGCUCUUUGAUGACCUUGUCCCCAAAACCGCCAAGAACUUCCGUGAACUCGCUACUGGCGAACAUGGCUUCGGGUAUGCUGGCAGCGGUUUCCACCGUAUCAUUCCCAACUUCAUGAUCCAGGGUGGUGACUUCACCAACCACAACGGCACUGGUGGCAAGUCUAUCUACGGUCCUCGCUUCCCUGACGAGAACUUUGCUUUGAAGCACAGCAAGCCUGGUCUCCUCUCCAUGGCUAACGCCGGUCCCAACACCAACGGAAGCCAGUUCUUCAUCACCACCGUCGUCACUCCUUGGCUUGAUGGCCGCCACACCGUCUUUGGCGAGGUCGUCGAGGGUAUGGAGCUCGUCAAGGAGAUUGAGAGCGUUGGAUCUGGCAGCGGCCGACCCUCGAAGAAGGUUACCAUCAGCGAGUGUGGUGUCCUCGACCAGGUUGACUAA